CUUCCCCUCUCCUCUCACCCCCACCUCCCCCCACAUACAUACUCUUUUGUUUGUGUACGUGUAACUUGCAGCCAUAUAUGAUGGUGAAAUCCUCCUCUUUCUUCUUCCUCCUCAUCCUCUCAUCCCUCCUCCUCCUCCUCCUCCUACAAGCUCCGGCGACCGUCGACGCGGUGACCUGCGACCCCACUCAGCUGAUCCCAUGCGCGAGCGCCAUCAUCGGGUCGGCCCCGCCGUCCGCCACCUGCUGCGCCCGGCUGAAGGCCCAGCAGCCCUGCUUCUGCCAGUACGAGAAGAACCGCAGCCUGCGGGGCUACAUCAACUCCCCCAACAGCAGGACUGUCGCAAAAAUCUGCGCGGUGACCUUCCCUUCAUGCUAAGUGCCGAAACCAAAUCUAAAGCCUCGAAUAUACCCUUUCUCUGAGCAAUAAUAUUUAAUAUUAAUUAAUUAGCAUGCAUGUACGUGUGUAUAUAAUAUAUAUAUAUAUAUAUAUAUAUAUGCAUGAAUGGAGAGAGGAGGCUUACUUGAAUAAACGAAGUGGGAUCGAUGUUAAUUAUAGCAUGAUCAGUAACUUGUGUUGAGUGCAUGAAAUAUUUAAGGCUUUGCUAUAUAUUAAGGUGCUUUUUGUGCAUGACAUUAAAAUAGGGGUCGAUCCCUCAAUGGGUAUGAAUAUCACAGGUUUUUAUGAUC